UGCCGCCAAUCCCCGCCAUAGGCACAGCAACAAUGGCUUCUCUCAUUGCCCGCAGAGCUUUUUCCACCACCGCCCGCCGGUUGGCCGGGACAGGGGAGGAAGCGCUCAAGACCGAGUCCAAGAAGAACCCCGAGAUCAUGAUCCUCGGUGGUGUCGUGGUCUGCGCCCUAACCGGCGCCGGCUUCUACUUCGGCCGCUCCCCGACCAAGUCGACGUCCGAGAACAGCGUCCCUCUCGCUAAGAACAGCAUGCCGUGGGAGACGGGUUCGACCCAGGGCAAGUAUCAGUACCAACCCGGUGGCGACCCCAGCGCGACACCCAAGGAUGCGCCUAGUGCCGUCAACGUCGUCGUUAUUCCCGACGUGAACCUCCCCAAGCACCUCCACGACAAGUACAACAAGUGGGGUAAGGAUGGCUACUAAACUCCCCUGGUUUUGAAGAGCGAGCUGGUGGCGCAAGCACUGGAUGCGCGGUCUUUCUUGGGGCCAUGCUAUGGGCUGUACAUAACCUGGGAAACGGAAGUUGGUAGUUAGCGGCGGUACCAAUAGAGGCUG